GUUGCGAGGAGCUCUUCAGAGUGCCCCCAGAGGUAGAGGGAGCUGAGGACACAUUGAGAUCCUAGCAGAACCGUGUGUAAUGGAGCCCUCACCCUUUGAGCAUCCAGCUGAUGUCGUGCAACGCAUUGCAGCUGAAUUGAAAUGUAGCCCAACAGAUGAGCGUGUUGCUCUUCGCCUGGAUGAAGAAGAUACACUGAGGCAUUUCAGGGAGUGUUUUUAUAUUCCCAAAAUGCAGGAUCUACCUUCAAUUGAUUUAUCUUUAGUGAAUAAGGAUGAACAUGCCAUCUAUUUCUUGGGAAAUUCUCUUGGCCUCCAACCAAAACUUGUUAAAACAUACCUGGAAGAAGAACUAGAGAAGUGGGCCAAAAUGGGAGCCUAUGGUCAUGAGGUUGGAAAACGUCCUUGGAUUACUGGGGAUGAAAGUAUUGUAGGCCUUAUGACAGACAUUGUAGGAGCCAAUGAGAAAGAAAUAGCCCUAAUGAAUGCUCUGACAGUUAAUUUACAUCUUCUACUGUUAUCGUUUUUUAAGCCUACACCAAAGCGGUUUAAAAUUCUUCUAGAAGCCAAAGCCUUCCCUUCUGAUCAUUAUGCUGUUGAGUCACAGCUUCAAUUUCAUGGACUUAAUGUUGAGAAAAGUAUGCGGAUAAUAAAGCCAAGAGAGGGGGAAGAACUCUUAAGGAUGGAGGAUAUACUUGAUGUAAUUGAGAAGGAGGGAGACUCUAUUGCAGUGAUCCUGUUCAGUGGGGUGCAUUUUUACACGGGACAGCUCUUUGAUAUGCCUGCCAUUACAAAAGCUGGACAAGCAAAGGGCUGUUUUGUUGGCUUUGAUCUAGCACAUGCUGUUGGAAAUGUUGAACUCCACUUACAUGACUGGGGAGUUGACUUUGCUUGCUGGUGUUCCUAUAAGUAUUUAAAUUCAGGAGCUGGAGGUCUUGCUGGUGCCUUUGUCCAUGAAAAACAUGCCCACACAAUUAAACCUGCGUUAGUGGGAUGGUUUGGCCAUGAACUCAGUACCAGAUUUAAAAUGGACAACAAGCUGCAGUUAAUUCCUGGAGUCAGUGGAUUCCGAAUUUCCAAUCCUCCGAUUCUGCUGGUCUGUUCUCUGCAUGCUAGUUUAGAGAUCUUCAGGCAAGCAACUGUGAAAGCAUUGAGGAGAAAGUCCAUCUUGCUAACAGGUUAUCUGGAAUACAUGAUCAAGCUUCACUACAGCAAAGACAACAAGGAGAGCAUGCAGCCAGUGGUUAGCAUCAUCACCCCAUCCUGUGUUGAGAAGCGAGGCUGCCAGUUAACACUCACCUUUUCUACUCCCAAGAAAACAGUGUUUAAAGAGCUAGAAAAAAGAGGUGUUGUGUGUGACAAGAGAAAACCAGAUGGCAUUCGAGUGGCUCCAGUUCCUCUCUAUAAUUCUUUUCAUGAUGUUUAUAAGUUCAUCAAUGUACUCACUUCUAUACUUGAUUCUGUACAGACAAAAAACUAG